AUGUCGCCUGAUCAUAAUCAUCACCAUCAUCACCAUCACCAUCCUCUUCCUAUAAGGAGGGAAUCGUUCCACUACUCGGGUGAAAGACCACAUCCACCACCAUUAAAGUCCACCUACAGUUUCGUUGGACCGUCCUCCUCUGCCUCAACAUCUAAUUUGCUGCUACGUACACCACAAGAGCUGGAACGUAAGAACGAGUGGCAGACCUCACCUCAUAAGCAGACUUCGCCGAAUAAUCAGGACAAACCAGCUGAAAAAGAAGAGUUGACCACGAAAGGAAGAAAGAGGAAGAGAUUGGCAAAAGCCUGUAGUGCUUGUCAUAAAAACAAAAGACGUUGUGAUGGGUUCGCUCCUUGUUCGAACUGCGAGUUUUCCAAUCGACCUUGUCUUUAUGUCAACGCUCAAGGAGAUCCAAUCCCUCCUCCACGAACGAGAGAUUCGUCGGCUGUUCCUCCUCGACCCAAUAAGGACGAUGCUAAAGCUGCUAAUAAUCACGAGAGGAAGGCUAGCGGUGAAAGCAAUUGGUCAAGAAGGGAAAGUUUUAAAGAAGAUGCCGAACAUCACAGACGACCAUCCCUUGGACCUAUUCAAGCUGUUGAGCAUGAUACGUUGAUAAGUGCUGAAUUGAUUGACAUCUUCUUUCGUCGGUGUGCACCUCUGUCGACGAUGUUCCACCCUUCAACGUUCCAUUAUCGACUAUAUAUGAACCAAGUAUCACCCAUACUUCUGGAUAUCAUCUACGCAUUCGCCUCCCGUCUUUGUGAGAACCCAGCCUUCGUCUCGACUUUCUCUCCCUCUCACCCCGCCCAUCUACGCGGUGAGGCAUUCAUACAUCGAGCUCAUGGUGCCGCUCAACGCAUGAUCGAAGUGCGAAAAACCUGGAAUGAGGAGGAAAGGCGGAUGGACAGGGGUACAUGGCAAGAGACCGAACUGGCUCAAGCAUGUUAUCUUCUAAGCGUAUAUUUCAGCUGUCUCAGACAGCCUAAAAUUGGAAUGUUCUAUCUCGAUUCAGGAUUAGAUAUUCUACGAUCACCCAACUUGGAUUAUAUUCCACCACCUGCCACUCAUCUCAAACUAAAUUCGAUAGAGUAUAAUACUCUGAUGGAAAUUAGGAUUAGAACGUUCUGGUUAUUGGUUUUCCACGAUUUAUGCGCUGCUGCCAAUGGAAGACCAAGACGGUAUAGUGAGAGUGAACUCGGGAAUAUACCUUUACCCUCCAACGAGAGUCAUUGGGCUAGAUGGGGUGGAAAUGCCAUCGGCGGCAGAGAACCUGGCAGAAGGGAUGGGUUGGUCCCCGGAAGUGGGAAUUGGCCAGGCGACGAAGGUCAAAUCGGAGAUUUGGGUCAUGUCUUACGUAUCUUAUCGAUAUUUGCGGACAUUAUGACUCUAGCGACCGACUCCAAGACCGAUCGAUCUGAACCUAAGCAAAAUCUUGCUUCGAGAUAUGAAUCCGCAUUGAAGAGUUGGGCGAUGACUUUACCUCGACACUUGCACUUUGACGAACAUAACCUGUCUUCUGCAGUCAACAAAUUGUCUUCGCCCGUUGUGGAGAUCAAGAUGACCGGUUGGAUGUACGCUUACAUGCACGCUGUUGCUGAGUGUGGGAUGUUCUACCUCCAAGCUGCUGUUGCGCAAUUCACGGAUGGUGCUUAUACUGCUCAAAGACAAAGUCAAGCAGUUGAUAAUCUCUCGGUCAUCAUGGAUACCAUAGGUAGGAAUGGACGUGAAGGGUGUUGCUUCCUCUUCCCUCUGUUCGUGAUCUCGAAUUGGCAAGAACACCUCAAGAUGUCCAACUUGAUUGUCCCGGGACCACCACAAGCCAUCAUGGAAGAUCGAUUAUCCCUCUGGUGGAACGAGAUGAAGCUUGAAUGGGGAACUGAGCGACAUGAAUUGCUCCAACGAGGAUUUUACUCUCUCAACACGAUCGGUGCUGGCCCAACACCCACAUCAUUAGCCACACCUCAUUUUUCACAAUCUCAACCUACGAUCGAAAUGCCUUCGUCGGGCUUGGGAUUGAGUCUAUACCAGACUUCGCCAGUCAGACAAAUGACCAAUAGCACAGAGACAGGCUCUGCUAUAUCUGCUACAUCUCCCGUAUCCACCAUGUCAAUUUCUACACCUCACAUGUCUACUUACUCUAGAUUCUCUAUGAGUGGUUCUUCCGCGCCUACUUUACCACCACUUCGACCUAGAGCUCAAUCAUCCGCAGCUGCCAUGUCUGUAUCUUAUACGUCACCUUCACCACCCCUUGGAGGAUCGAGGAACAUCUUACCGGGAAUGAUCAAAUCUUCUUCAUCUGGCCGAUCGGAACUGAUUUCCCUGCCUCCUUUAUCAGGUGAAUUCAAGUCGAAUUUGAAAAUCACCAGUCCGAGACAUCAUCCCUAUUCCAACGGUAAAUCACCGAGGAUGAGCUGGGCUGGACCCACGAGCGUUGGAAGUGCAAAUGGCAAAUUACCCGGUGGUGGCGGGGAAGGUGUAAGAAGGGAGUCGAAUCAUUUGAUGGGUAUUGCUGCGCUGGUUAGCGUUGCUGAGAAUGAGAGGGAGGAAAGGGAAAAACAAAGGGAGAGGGAGAGGGAAAGGGAGAGAAAGACUUUGGCCACAGUUUAA